AUGGCGCAGCUGGAGCGGACGGAGCAGCAGCAGGCGCCCCGCGCCGCCGGUGGGCACAGGAAGCGCGUGGACGCGGAGGACGACGACGCACCAACCGGCGGUGGCGGCGGAGGAGCCAGCGGCAGAUCUGGCCAAGGGGGGCCCGGAUCCGGCGAAGAGGAGGCCGGAUCCGGCCCCGGCGACCGGCGGCGGCGAGGAACAACGCGGCGAGGUUGCAGUGCGGGAGGAAGGAGGUGGGAGAGAGGAGAGGUGUGGGGGGAGGGGGCCGAGCGGAGCCGACUUCGACUCGGCCACCGGCCGCCGGCGCCGCCCGGACGGUUGCGGCCGGCGGCUGCGGCGGCCACCGGAGGCGGCCCCGGGAAGGGCGGUGGGCGGCGGCGCGGGGUGCCCCCCGAGUCGCCCACAGAAAGCGACGCGGGGGGAUGGGACAGAGGAAGUUAG